AUGGCUCCUGGGCACUCCGGCAACUCUCUAGUGACCACCUCUGAGUCUCUGAAACGUUGUGGCUCACCAGGUGGGCAUCCUCUGACAUCUACAUCUACCAGGAUCAAGCUCAGGGAUGGAAAGUUACCUUGUAUACAGAGAAGACAGAAUACAGAAAGACAAGGCCAGGAGCUUAUGGAGAAAUUGGGAAUGUACUUAGUUUCUUUUGAUAGAUCUGAGUAUGGAGAAAGUGACCCCAAUCCCAGAAGGGAUGUCAAGAGCAAAGAACUGGAUAUCAAGAAGAUGGCUGACCAGCUGGAUCUUGGGCAGAAGUUAUAUGUCUUGGGGUCUGGAUGGGAGGAUACUCUAUUUGAGGAUGCCUCCAGUAUAUACCUCACAGGCAAACACAUAGAUACAACCAAAUACAUGUUAAUGAAAUAUGCAACUCAGAAUUCAGAUUUCAGAGUAAAGCUGUAUAUGCUGCACUAA